GAAACAAAUAGACAUUUUUUUUUCUUCGAAAAAUAGUGACACGAGAGAAAGUGUAACCUCAAAUCUGAACCUAAACCUAGUUCCUCAAAAUUGAGAACAGAGGUUGAAGUGGAGAUCAUAUUUACAGUCAUGAGUUUGAUGAAUCCAAGAACAGAGAAACUGGUGAGAAGGUUAACCAUUGUCACCACUGUUGCUGCUUCCUAUUUUCUCCUUACCGCUGACUAUGGCCCUCAACCCAAUGCCCUCGACCCUAUUAAGAAGCAAAUACUUUCAGCAGAGAGCACCGUGAAAGAAUAUGUUUUUGGAUCAAAGAAAGAAUCUCAGGAAAACCAGACGGGGAAAUUGGACAGCAACAAGGAUCGCCCUUAAAUGUAUGGUAGUCUUGUAUAGGAACAUCAUGCUGAGUAAAGGUUUUCUUUUAGCCGUUUGAAAAUGGAAUGGUUCAAUGACUAGAGGCCGAAAACGAAUGAACGGUAGAUUAACUUGUCAGCAUCAAUGCCGUUAAUAAGACCAUAACAUCAUAGUCAUGUUUUGGGCUGUUGCUCCCUUCCCCCACCCUUUAUCUUAUUAUGUAUCUGCAUCUGUAUUGUUUUUCUUUCCUUUGUGGUUUUCUUUUAUGUGGAUUUGAGUUAAAAAAUUGUAAUUGAGAAGGGUUUUGCACAUUAAAUAAGCAGUUGUGUCA